AUGACCAUAGAGCUACCCUUGGAUACACCAGACAAUGUUUCCCAAAAAAUCGUGCAUGUUACCCUGCCAGGUCCUCCAACAAGGGAAGAGAUGCUCACGCACUACCCAGCCAAGUUCACAUGGGACCAGCUUAAGGCCUUUGUGAAUUCCGGGUACUUAUAUUCUAUCGUCAACAUGAACAAGACCAAAGACGCUGACUCUGCAACGUUACUAAGAAAUCUCGGGCUGCUAAAGCGUGACAAGGCACUAGAAAAGAGAUAUGAUGCAUGGUCUCUAGUGAUCGUGAAAGAGCACGGUUCAAUGGCGAACUACCUUUUCAACCACCGUCUCCAAUGGGGACAGCCAGAUACCCUUUCGCUCUUACCAUCAGCACUUGAUAGUCACACCAGACCUGAGGACGUAUCCAUCUCAGCCUCUAGGUCUAACCAGUCACUCCCACCAUUUCCCCAGGACGUGCCUGAAUAUUUCAAAGUUGAUAUGCCGGUCGACUCAGAGUUGAUCAGUAUCAUUCAGAACAGUUGGCCUUACUCUGUCCCUAUCGAGAUUGAACACACGCUCAUCUGGUCGCGAGUGCCUAUUUUCCAUCCAGAUCUCAUCCCAUCGGAAAUCGAUGCGCGGAUUCAACAAGAUGGGCUGUGCGGGUUUACGGGCAAUGACGAGCCUCCACCCUCGCCGUCAACUCUGCCAGAAUGUCUGCCUGCGCUGGCAGAGUGGGGAAUCACCAUGGAGAAUUUAGUUCGCAGCCCCAAAAGCAGUCCAGAGAUCGACGAGAUGGUGAGGAAUGCUGGAAGGGAAAUAGACGGGUUCGUGAAACGGAGAUGGGUAGAGAGCGAGUGGGAAACUGCAUGGUUUGUCAAUCCCCCAAGGCUACAAAGUGUUCGUGGACUAGCGCACAUACACGUAUUCGCGAAGAAGAAACACUUAUAGAUCAGAUUAAUAUUAGACAUAGAAUACUCAUCAGCUUUAUGGUUGGAUGUCUUUGCGAAUGAGUUUCAAUUCAUCCACCACUAUCUUCACGAUAUCGUGCCAUUCUGUCAUGGCACCGAGUCCUUUGAG